UUGAAAUCAUUAAAUUGAUAAAACUAAAAAUUUAAUAAUGUAAGGCAAUAUUAAAAUUCAACAGGACGAUCGAUGAUAAAUAUUGGUCAAUUUUAAGUUGAUUUCAACACAUCUUUUCAUAAAAUAAAAUUUAAUUAAAAUCUGUAGUAUGAUGGAUUAAAACAGAAACACGACGUGAUGUAAAGAUUACAAAGAGUAUUCCUUGAUAUUAAAGAAAUUUCAUAAGAUUAAUUACAAAAAAGUGUAUAAUACCCUUUAUAGCAACAAACAAUACAUUAAUUUAAAAACAUUACGGAUAAAUAGUAAAGACUACCAUCCAAUAUAAAUAGUAAAAAUGAAUCAGGCGAAAAUUGAUAAGUUAGUUUCUAGGUUAAGGUACAAUGUUGGAUCAAAACCACGCAAAUUAAAGAAUAUAGAUGGUCCAGAAGGAAGAUUGCGAAAAAUUAAAAAAACAUUAACUGCUGUAAUUAAAUAUGAAAGGAUUGAGUUAAAUUAUGCAAGGGCAGAUGAGACAAGAGGUUACGUUGAACGAUUAAUAUCAGAAGCCAUACGUCAUGGUCCUCAACAUACAGAAACAAUGGACCUUGCAAAGUUUUGGAUAAUAGAAAAACAACUUAUCCAUAAACUUUUUAAGGUUCUUGUACCAAGAUAUGAAAACUAUACAACUUCAUUUACAAAGCUCCAUAAUGCACCAUGUAUAUAUCCGGGCUAUGCAUAUAAAAGGGCUGUUCUAGAAUUGAAAGGGAAUGUAUAUCCAGUUAUAGAACAAUCCAAUCCAUAUCAAUAUAAUUUAAUUCACAAUAUAUUACUGGAUGCAGCUAGAAAAGAGUACAGAAUGGAAAAGUAUAAAGAAAUAGCUGAUAACAUAAAGUUUUAGAGUGUAUGCAAAUGUUUUAUUAUUACAUGAUAUAAAAAAUAUGCAAUAUCAAUAUAAAUUAGUAAAUACAAUUGAUUUAGCCUGCUA